AUGUGGUAUAAGCAUGUCCUUGAGGCAUUUUUUUUUGAGCCACUGUAUGAGGUUGUGUGCUGUGGAGAUGGUCAUUUCCAGUGUGUUAUAUACAGUCUAGGACCCUACAUAGUGGAACAACUCAUGCUAUCCUAUGUUGUCAAACAUUGGUGCCCAAAAUGCAUUGCAGUUCACACAGACCUUGAUAGUGGUGGUAUAUACUGCCAUUGUGAGCACACUGAUUUCUUGAUUGAUGAACUACACAUGGAUAUACUGUGGGAUGAAUAUGGUCUCAUUGGCAAUCUUCCAUUCACUAAUGACUUUCCCCAAGCUGACAUCCAUGAGUUGCUGUCAUUUGACCUUCUCCACCAGCUCAUUAAAGGGGCUUUCAAAGACCAUCUUGUUGACUGGGUCACAAAAUACCUCAAGGCUGUGCAUGGAACCAAAUGGUCAGAGGAGAUCAUGAGUGAUAUAGAUUGCAGAGUUGCUGCUGUAGCAUCAUUCUCUGGUCUACAACAAUUUCCUCAAGGUCACGACUUUAAACAAUGGACAGGCAAUGAUUCCAAAGUGCUGAUGAAAGUUUUUCUUCUGGUUAUUGGAGGCCAUGUACCUCAAGACAUGGUACACACAUUUUGUGCAUUGUUGGAAUUCUGCUACCUUGUCUGGUGCAACAUUAUUACCAGAGAUACCUUGAAUAAAAUUCAAGAUGCACUUUAUUGUUUUCAUCAUUAUUGCAAGAUAUUUGAUCACAUCAAGGUAGUAAAGGAGCCUUGGCAGUGGUCAAGCAGGCACAAUGCUCUUGAUCAGAUGCUUGUGACCAAUCAGUGCCUUGAUAAGCCUAUAGCAUCCUGCAUGGACUUUGAUGUUGCAUUAGCUGCUCUCAGUAAGUCUGUGAAUCUCAACCCAGAUGAUGCCCACAACCCUGAAGACAUCCCAGCUACUAGCUUACCUUGGCAUCCAGGCAAGCUUCAUGUCUUCAAUUCUGCUGCUGUGAUGUUUUACACUCCCAGUGAUCCAAAUGCUGAAGGGAUGCGAGGACUCAAAGUUGUGAGAGUCAUCUGUUUCUUUUCUUUUAACCACAACUGGGAUAUGUAUCCAUGCACUCUCAUACACUGGUUUGAGAAGAUCAGUGAUGAUCCUGAUGAAAAUACUGGUAUGUGGAUGGUCACCCCAAGCUUCCACAAGGAUGGCUCAAAGAAUAUUGUGGUUAUUCAUAUCGAGAUGUUCUUCUUCCAUGCAGCACACCUGAUACCUAUCUAUGGUUCCAAGUAUAUUCCUCACACCCUCAAGUUUUACCAUUCUCUUGAUACUUUCCACUCAUUUUAUGUCAACAAAUAUGCUGAUUACCAUGCCUUCAAGAUAGUGUUUUGA